CGGUACUUAUACGUUUUUCUCCCAAGUCCAAUAGUACAUACAAUUCAGACAAACCCCACAUUUCAUAGAUUACAUCAAAUUCAAAGAAUACAAAAGACUUGUCUGCUCUCUCUCUCUCUCUUCUUACCCUAUCUCCCUUUUUCUGCUAAAACCCCUUUUUCAUUUUUCCUUCUCUCUGCCGAUAAAUGUAAGAUAUCUCCUCCAAAUCCCAAUGGCGUGAAAGUGUUUAAGCUGCUGAAUGGAGGGAAAUGGGUUUUCCAGAAUAGACAUUCUUGGCCAUUUCUCUGAGAACAUGGGUGAAGUUGAGCCUUAUAGUUGUUGGGAUGGGGUUGUCGAUGGAGCUGCCGGAGAUGAAGAGUUCGACAACAUACUCAGUAUUUUGGAUUUUCCGAUGGACAGUUUGGAAGGGGAUGGAUUCGUCGGAGACUGGGACGCUACCAAGUCGCAGUAUCUCGGGCCUAUUCCAUCUGAUGUCCUAAUGGGGCCACCUGCGACUGCUCGAAGCAAAAUCGACACUGCUCCGGUUUUACUACCCGUAGCAGCUGCUCACAUUGACGCAACUCCUGAGCCGAAGCAGCUGCCUUACCAACUUGAAGAUACCUCCGGCCCGUCUAUUCGCCGACAAAACACGUACACUGAGGUACAAGAGCAAGGUGUAUUCCGGACACAAAGCCCCAUUUCUGUGCUUGAAAAUAGUGGCUCCUUGGCCGGGAAGAGCCCACUUAUUAAAAGACAUACCGGUAAGCGAACCAGAUCCAAACGAGCAAGACCUUCAGGUGUAAGUCCGUGGCUUUUGAUGUCACCACCACUUGCCCCGCCAUCUGCCUCCAGAAAGACUCACAAUGCCAGGAAAACUAAAGAGCGGAGAAGGAAAUCGUCAUCAUUUCGGUCAUCACUUGCUGUGGAAACCACAGAAGACUUGUCAUAUGCUGCAAAAUAUCAAUUUCCAGCGUCUGACCAUGUUGAACCGCAAAAUGCUGCUCUGCAGCGUCCAGCCAUUGUUAAAAAAUGCACUCACUGCGAAGUAACAAAAACGCCGCAGUGGAGGGAGGGCCCAUUGGGGCCGAAGACUCUAUGCAAUGCUUGCGGAGUCCGGUACCGAUCUGGACGUCUGUUCCCGGAAUACAGACCAGCAGCGAGCCCCACAUUUAUUCCAUCUCUGCACUCGAACUCGCACAAGAAGGUCAUCGAGAUGAGAUCAAAAGCUAAACAGCAGGUGAGUAACAUCGAGGAACACCCAGUUUCGCCCCAGAUGGAAUUCAUUCCCAUGAGUAGCUAUUUAUUUGAUCCUGUAUGCUGAAAACAGGUGGUGUCUCUUUUUAGUUAGGAUUAAAACCAAUUUUAGUUCUAGUGGUGUUGUGUCAGGUGGUGUUGGGGUUGAGUUUUCUUGGUGAAAUGUAGUUAGAAUCUUGUACAAAAGUUGAGGUGAGUUGUAGGUUUUAGGAUAAUUGUCGGAAAAUGGAGCAAAGGAGCAGAUGUGUUCACUAGAUUAGUGCGAUGACUCAUGAGAAGCUGGAACUAGGUGCAAGAAUUGCAGUCUUGUUAUGUUGAAUUCAGAAAUAUUUAAUCAUAUUUUCUUUCUUUAGUUUGUUUCUUUCA